AUUCGCCGGGCGCGAGGGAAGGAGGCGGAGGCGGCGAGGGCGGCCAUUUUGCGUGCUUCUCCUCCUCCUCCUCCCACCCCCUUUUCCCGCUCGGCGGUGGUUGUGGCCGGGCCUUAGCCGGCCGCGGCGGCGAGGCGAGGCGAGGCGAGGCAAGGCGAGCGAGGCGAGGCCCCUCAGUCUCCGCGAUGGAGAGCUCCCAGCUGUGCAAGCUGUUCAUCGGCGGCCUGAACGUGCAGACGACGGAGGCGGGCCUGCGCGAGUACUUCGAGGCCUACGGGACGCUGACGGACUGCGUGGUGGUGCUCAACCCGCAGACUAAGCGCUCGCGCUGCUUCGGCUUCGUGACGUACUCGGCGGUGGAGGAGGCCGACGCCGCCAUGGCCGCCUCUCCGCACGCGGUGGACGGCAACGCGGUGGAGCUGAAGCGCGCCGUCUCCCGCGAGGACUCUGCGCGGCCCGGGGCCCACGCCAAAGUCAAGAAGCUGUUCGUGGGCGGGCUGAAGGGGGACCUGCAGGAGAACGACCUGGUGGAGCACUUCAGCCAGUUCGGCGCCGUCGAGAAGGCCGAGAUCAUCGCCAACAAGCAGAGCGGCAAGAAGAGGGGCUUCGGCUUCGUCUACUUCCAGAGCCACGACGCCGCCGACAAGGCCGCCGUGGUCAAGUUCCACCCCAUCCAGGGCCACCGCGUCGAGGUCAAGAAGGCCGUGCCCAAGGAGGACAUCCAGGGCGGAGGGCCGGGAGCAGGAGGCGGAGGAGGGGGCUCGGCCAGGCCGGGAUGGGGCGGACGGGGAAGAGGACGCGGAGGCGGCGGCGGAGGAGGAGGAGGCAACCGGGACCACAACGGCCUCGCCAAAGGCGGCGGAGGUUAUAACAGCUAUGGAGGCUACGGAGGAGGAGGAGGCGGCGGCGGCGGCUACGGCUCGUACGGCUCGUCCUAUGGGGCCGGCGGCGAUUAUGGGAACGGGUACGGAGGCUUCGGCAGCUACAGCCAGCACCAGUCCUCCUAUGGGCCCAUGAAGAGCGGAGGAGGGGCGGCCGGAGGAGGAGGCGGAGGAGGCUGGGGCCCUCGCAGUAACAGUGGACCCUACAGAGGCGGCUACGGAGGAGGGGGAGGCUACGGAGGGGGAGGCUCCUUCUAAGCGGCGUCGAGGUGGUGUCUGCAUGGAGCCUGCCCUCCUCCGUUUGUACCAGGGUCUCCAGUCACUCUCCCUCCCUCGGACCCCUCUCCUCCUCCUCCUUGGCCUCAGGGCGUCUCCAAAGGCUCCUCUUGGCCCCGAGAAGAAGCAGCAGCAGCCCUCCUUCGCUGGGAUCCAGCCUCCGCUGCUCUGCAUCCUGAAGAUGGACUGGGCCUCCUCUCCUUUUUCCCUCAAUCUUUCUCUCUCUCUCUCUCUCACAACCCAACGGUUUUGUUUUUAAGUCAUUUGAUGGACUCUCUAUUUUUUUAUUGCUUGGACAUUAGUAGUUUUUUAUACUAGGAAGGAGUUUCUGUUUUGUUUUUUUUUUAAUUUUCGUUUUCGUUUGCUCGUUUUGCUUCCUUUUUUGUGGGGAGGGGGCUUUCCCGAAUUUGAAACAAAAAAGAAAAAGAUG